AUGUUUCCGUCGGCGACGCUCCAUGAUGGCGAUGCAGCAGGUGUAUAUUCGACCCCCUCCCUCCCUCACCCCUCGUCGUAUACAAGCGCGCACGCAUACAUCGCUUCAGCGCCGAAUUUGCGCUUCGACUCUCAAGCGCGCCACCUCAUCGUCGGUCGCCCAGGCCCCGUCUACCCCCGUCUCUCUAUAGAAGAGCUUCAGCUCGAGCAGCCGAAGCAGUUCACGCUCUUCAUCAUUGCCUAUCUCGUCAUCCAACGCCGCGAAAUCGACAGGUCUGCGAUGAAAUCGCUGGGUUUGCUGUCAUUCGAGGUUCCGGAAGCGGCAUCGUUUCUUGCACUUGCUGGCGUGCACGGAUUGCCUUAUGAGAGGUGGCCCGGCGACCUGGAUAAUACGUCAGCAGGUGUCAAAGAUCAUGUCUACAAUGAGAGCGAUCCCAAGGACACCGAUCUCAUCCCUUCACGAUUCGUUUGCAGCUGCAAUACUCCGGGCACCCACUCCACGCUCUUUCCACACCCUCUUCCAUCUCCACGGCUUUCUCUUUUCUUGUCAACAUCCACGACAUCCGUGUCGGCGCCGUCCUCUUUAAACGACUGCUCUGCGCCCACCCUGUCUCAUGAUGCGUGGAGCAAAGCGACUAUCUUAUCACGCGAGGUUGAGCACAUUGAAGAGAAGAACAAGGAGCAGAUGGUGAUAGAGGCAGAGGAGGGACAGCGGCUGUCGAGAGACGAGGGCAGAGCGGUACGACGGUACGUACCUCCUGUUAUCGCCCUUUCUGCCUGCACCUCCCUCGACAUCCACGCCUCGAACCCCCACGCAUUCGUCUUCUCAGCCCCCUGGCUCCUCCUCGCAUGUGUGGACCGACUACUCCUCCCAUCCGCCCGCCCCUCCCUCGACUUGCGUACCCUCGACUGUUCGCACUCCCGCCCUCGAUGCCCGCUCGACCGCCACCUGUUGCACCACGACAAGAGGCCCAAAUUCGCCUCUCGCGCGCUCCCACACCUCCGCACUCACACCCUUUGCCUGCCCGGUCCUCCAGCACACCAAACCUCGCGGACCGUCGCACUUCUCCAUCCACCCCACAACUUGCUUGAAACAAUGCUGGAGCACCUCGAUGUCGACACCUCGUUGCUGGGCCAACCAGGACGAGAAUCGGCGGCGCGCUGUCCAGGGCAACCAGUCGCGCCACGCAGCGUGAAAGUGCUGCUCGAUGUUGAGCGCUCCUCAGCGGAUGAGUUGCGUAGGGGCACCGUGUCGCGCAUCACACCCCAAAUGUGCCGCGCGACACGCUGCCUUACACAGCACGCCGCUGCUGGCUUCACUGGGGACACCAGCCACUACCACCCCCCUCACCUUCGUACUGUCUCCGACGACGACCCUUCCGCCAGCCCUCCGUGGCACUUUCACGCCGCGUGGCACGUCAGGGAUGCCCACGGUUGA